AUGCUCAGGAAGGCAGAACUUGAGGACUUGGUGAAACGACGGAGAGACGUUCAGGACCUCGAUUUGGAAUGGUUUGUCCGUGUCAAGGGUGAAGUGCUUACAUUGCUGAUGGAUGUGAAAAGCGGGAACUUGGAGUCUCUCACGCAGGAGAGAAUCGACAAGCUGCAUAAGGAUAUUGAAAUGGCGAAGCUGAAAACGGAACUGGGCCUUGAUUUUGACCUCGCCAAAUACAACAUUUGCUACGCCGAGGUCGAGAAAUACGACUUAACCAUCAGCAGAAUAAUCACCGCCCAUAUAAUAGCCUCUUCCAAAGAAUUCAAGGACUUGACCAAGAAAAUCGAGCUCACAAAGGAGCUUUUGGAGAAUAGAAACCGUCUCAACAAAACGAUACAGGACUAUUUCACAAAGACCAAGACAAUCAAACUAACGAGGACAGAACUCAACACGUUGUUCGACAGGGACACCAACGACUUGAAGCUGAUAUUGUCUUCUGGAAGGCUCAUAUACGAAGACAGAAAUGACCCGACAAAGGACGAGUAUGAGUUCACCUUCUCAAAAAACAGCUCCUUCAGGCUUUCCACUCAGGAUUUAGAGAGACAGAUCCAAACGCAAAUACAGGAGUGCGACGACAUCAGCAAACACAUCGAGCAAUCGAAAACCCAGUGGAAAACUGCAACCACAAAGUUAAUCAGCCUCUUGGAUACCAUCGAGAAUAAAAUCCAGGUGUGA